CACACGGCGAAGAAUCAGCACGACACACGGAGACGUGCGUCCCAUUUUACACACUCUCAUAGCUUGUAUAGCAGGCUGUCUCUUUUUUUACUUCAUUUUUUUUUCUUUCUCGGCGUGUUCGAGGUACCAAGCACGGUGCGUUUUCGUCGGUAGCCGUGGCUGUGGAACGGCGCGGAACCUGAAAAGGAAAACAAGACGACGCCGCGGAAGUCCUAAGCCCGGCGUGCCAUGGGCGGAGAAGAGACGACGACGACGACGACGAAUAUGGCCUUUACCACGGCGCCCGGGCUGCCCGCCAGCCUGUCGCUCCCGCUGGGCGAGUUCCUCGCCGCGCGGCCGCAUAUACACCGGCUAAUGGCGGCGUGCAUGGUGUUUCGGCGGGGAGGGGGGGAAAGAGAGGAUGAUGAUGAUGAUGAGGAGGAGGGGGAGGAGGACGACUACGAAGAAGAGGGUGGUGAGCCGCAGCAGCAGAGGGAAAAGAAGCAGAAGCAGCAGAAACGACGACAAGCGACACCCCCCCUCCAGACGCUGCUCAUCCGCCGCGCCGCCUCCGACUCGUACCCGCUCAAGUGGGAGAUCCCUGGCGGCAGCGUGUCCGCGUCCCGUGACGCCUCGGUGCUGCACGCCGCGGCGCGGGAGCUGCGCGAGGAGACGGGGCUGCGCGUGGCGCAUGUGCACUGCCCGCUGGGCAUGGUCUCCUCGUCGUCGUCGUCGUCGUCGGCGGCGGGCCCCUCGGGCUCUCAUCCUGGUCCUUCUGGUACUACUACUACUCCUCCUCCUCCUCCAACAACAACGGCGACAACAACACCAGCAGAAAGUGCAGCAGCAGCGACAGCGAAACAGCACGCAAGGGGCGAAGGAGCUCUUCCCGCCGCCCCCGCGGUACCACGGUUCGGCAUCGCCCCGGAGGAGGAGCAGGCCCGGCAGGAGCCCGGCGACGAGGCCCUGACGGUGACGUUUUGGGAGACGGGCCGCCGAUGGGGCAAGGUGUGCCUGCUGGUGGACGUGCGGGAGGACGUGGCGCGCGUUCCGUCGCGGGGCCGCAUCGCCGAGGCGCCGCCGUCCGCCGGCGCGGCAGACGUAGACACGACGAGCCCGCCAGCAGCUAUGGAAAGAGAAGGAGGAGGAGAAGCAGCAGGAGCAGCAGUAGCGGCGGCGUCAUCGUCGGCCCCCACCAUCGUCAUGGACCCCCGCGAGCACGAGGAAUGGGCCUGGCUCACCGAGGAGCAGGUCCGGCACGGUGGCGGCGGCAUGGGGGCGCCGACGAUGGAGUACACGAGCGAGGGGACGUGGUUGGGGAUCCUGGCGGGGUUUGCGGCGAGGCGGGCGUUGGACGGGGGGGGGACGAGGAUGAGGGGCAGCUAGCAUCGUGAGCAGAAAAGAAGAACAAAAGUAGCACGAGGGAAAUUGAAACGAUUAUCGAUAGAGGAGGUAACGAGGAGAAGAGAAAUGAGGACACAGCCCAGAGGAGUAGAGGCAAAAGUGGGAGCCGCAACAAGAAAGGUGUAGUAAGACUGAUAGUAGGCAUAAGAGGUUGUUGAGAGGGUGCAUAUGGUGGCAUAUAUAACACA